GUACAAACAAUUUAAAAGGGAAAAAGAAACUAUUUUUAAGAUUUAAGUUUCUCGUAAUAAUAAUACAUUUACCUGAAUAUUUACAGAAGAAAAUUUACUAAAAUGGUCAAAGCAAGUAACAAAGGAUCAAGCUUAAAUGUAACAACUAAAGGGAUAAAAGCAACAAUUAAAGGCACAAAGGAUAACUCCAAACGAUAUCGCGAGAAAAUUAAAAAAGAUCCGAUCAAGUUUCAGGAAUAUCGCGUUAGAGAAGCCGAAAGAAGUAGAAUAUAUCGCAAGAAACUCAAGGAAGUUGUCAAAAAGAAUAAAAAAGUUUUGAAAACCAAAAGAGAAACUGAUCGGGUUAGACAGCAAAGAUAUAGGGAAAAAAAGAAGGAAGAACUUGCUAGUCAAAAGUCGAUGGAGGAAAUUUUGAAGAAAAUCGAACGGGCACUACCUGCCAAGGUGUCUCAAAAGAUUGAAGUCAUUAAGCUACUAUAUAGCAAAUAUAUUGAACCGGAAGACAUCGAAACCUAAGAUCUCAACAUAGUAUUAGUUUUUUUUCAUAUAUAUAUUAUAAAUAUUUUUAGGCUCGACUGUUUAAUGUCCCGAGAAAAUACAUAUAAAUAAAUUUAAAAUAUUUUUGAAGGCCCAAAUUUGAAAUAAAUUGA